UAUUAUCUCGUUCUCAUCAUCGUCUCUCUCUUCUCUCUCCUCUCUCCUCUCGUCCCGAUGCUCUGCUUUCCUUUCGAGAUCCCCAAAUUUGGAACCCUAGAAAUUUCGUUGAAGCCCAAAUUCAAGCCUUUUGGUUCCUUAUCAACGCUUCCCCGGCCACUUCAUCGUAAAGGACGGAGGCCUCGAAGGCAUCGUAGUGGACUCUGGCGGUGUCCUCCUCACAGCGUCGAGGGUAAGCUGCAGGAGCCCGCUGUCGGCCGAGUGGUUGUCGGUGAUGAAUGCGGAAGCGAGCAUGACUUUAGGCGUCGAUUCUAGAGGAUAGAGUUCCUCGCAAUCUGUGAUUGCAACCUUUCUGACCGCUUACUUUAGUGGCGAGUCCUGAGUGUUUGACGUAUUUCUUGUCGAAAUUCACCCGGCGGCGAGAUCAGGAAGGAGAUUCUAUUCGACAGCGCUGCUAGUGUGGUUGUAGGGAAGAGGAUGAUGAUCAGCAAACUUACACAGCAUAAGUUCUACAAUAGACAAAGCUGCAAUCAGGAUGGGGAUUCUAUUUCCUUGGGCGGGGGCUUAAGGCCCUGAUGACAGCUCGUUCGGUGUGAAGCCGAUUCUUUCUGCUGCAGUUGGGAGUAUUUCUUAGGGGCUACCUCCUAGAAAAUACACUUGUAUGCUCAAGGAAGAGGCGAAUGAAAACCUUGAUUUUCAGUCCCUAUGUUGAUUUCAUCGAUUUCUCGGCAAGGUAUAUAGAUUUUCUGUUGUAGUGGCAGAGGAACAAAAGGAUGCUGGUUUCUAUUAAGCUCCUGUGGAAUUGCUCUGGCUGGAAACUCGAUCUUCCUCCAAUGUGGAAGGAUCUAAGGAAGGGUUCAGAUCUCGUGGACGGAAAAGCGAGACUCUGUAUCCAUCAUCUCCUUCAUCACCAUCAACAAGUUGCUCAGGACUUUCAGCCUAAGAAGAAUGCUCAAACUGGGAGCAAGGUUUAUGGAAGAGACUGUUCUCCAAUGGAGUGCUCUUUUGACUCCACUGCUCAGUGCUCAGCAUUCUGCCCACUCUUCGACUGGCGGUCCGAGACAACAGAGGGCUGCAAGUUAAUGACGAAAGGUGAUCUUUGUUGCUUCAAAGGCAUCUGACUUGAUUUGGAGGUAUAAGGAGCUAAUAGGGACUGUAGGUGGGAAUUUAGCGACGGUUCUGUCCGUCAUUAAAAGGGUAUGACCGUCGCUAAAUCACUGUUUUGUUGUAGUGUUUAUAUAACUUAGUGUCCGGUCCGGUUAAAUUGGACCAAAUUGAUCCGGUCCCAUUCCGGUAUUUUGGAAAAUAUAAAGACCAAAGAUUGGAUUGGAUACAGUUCCGUCUUGAUCCGGUCCGGUCUUGACUCAGUCUGGUCCUAAUUUGAUCUUGAUUUUAGGUGUUGGGGGUCUCUUAUCCG